UGUAAUCUAAUUGUUUUUUCUUGCUGCAGGUUGGAUCGUUCUUCAUGAUCAAUUUGUGCCUGGUUGUUAUUGCCACUCAGUUCUCUGAAACCAAGCAAAGGGAACACCAGCUGAUGCAGGAACAGAGGGCUUUGUAUUUAUCUUCUAGUACAGUAGCUAGUUAUGCUGAGCCUGGAGACUGUUACGAGGAAAUUUUUCAAUAUGUCUGCCACAUCCUUCGAAAGGCCAAGCGUCGCACAGUCGGGCUUUACACCAGCCUUCAGAGCCGGCGGCAGAGUCGUAUUGAGCUCAGCAAUGCUAAGCUGGGAAUCAAUGGCAAAGAACAACAUCAGCUUUGGGUAUGUCAGAAGCACAGCCAGUUGGAAUAUACUCCUCAUGCAAUUGUACAGCCUAUAGCAAUCACACUUACCUCUGAUCUUUCAAACUGUCCUCAAUGUACCAAAGCUAAAUGGGAUGAUGGACGGAAGUUUACUGCUCCGGACAGCAACAGGUCCAGUCUAGAAGGAACACAAGGGCAGAACAGUGAAACUGGGAGUUGUGGAAGCACAUCAGAACUUGACAAAGAGAAAGAGGAAGAUAGCGAAGAAGGUUUUUGUGAAAGGCUUUGUGUAGAAAUUCGUGUAAAAACUCAGGGGCAUAGUGGAUAGCAAAUACUUCAACCGAGGAAUCAUGAUAGCUAUUCUUGUGAAUACAAUCAGCAUGGGCAUUGAGCACCAUGAACAGGUAAGUUAACUAUUCACUUUUUUCUUUUGGCAACUUAAAGUGCUAUUAAACCCAAAAUAAAGCAAUUUAAUAUAUUGCAACUUACCAGUUCUUAGAUGUGGUCUGUUAUUCUUCAGCUACCAUUAAUAGACCAAACUGUCCAAUAAAAGUGGCAGUUAGUUUAACACAAAUCAUUUAUCAUUAUCAGGGUGCUUACAAUGGUCUCCAUUGCUCUUCUAUUUAGAGUGGAGACAC